GUCAGUUAGCAAGUGGAAAUCACCGAAAAAACUACACAGCGCGGCAGAAGGAAAAUCUUGAUAAUCGUAGAAGUUUACACCGCAGACGGGAAAUAAAAAAAGGCAAAAAGCAGCGCAGUCGACGCUGGCAGCGCCGAGCGCAGAUAACAAUAGUUAAUAACAAUAACAAAGCGGAAUAGAAACAAAAGAGAAAAGCACAUGAAAAGAUAAUAAGUAAAACCGAAACAAACAAAAAAUCGCGCGUUUAAUUAACGGACAUUCGACGGGAGCAGCGCGGUCGACGCCGCAGUCGCAGUUGGCGUCGCAGUCACCGUCGCGCAUAUGUGUGUGUUUGUGUGAGGGUGCGUGAGUAUCGGUGUGAGCUGGAGAUAUAAAACUGCAAUUGAUUGCAAUUUCGGCGGCAUUUGCAAAAUAGCAAGCCGGCGAGAAACACAAAACCGAGAAAUCAAUAAACAAAUAAAAUAUAUACAAACAAAUAAAAAUAUAUAAAUAAUAAACUUAUACAAAAACACAACAAAUAUAAAAUCUGCUCAACAAAAAUACAGCUAAACGGUUCGUCAAAUCAAGCGGAUCACUUCAGCCAAAAUAAUCAGCAAUCUGAUGUAGCAAAAGCCAUUAUAAUAUACGAAAAUGCAACCAUUCCGUUCCGCGCCGUGCUAAUGCAAACGUAUACGAUCCGAAACCGAUAAAUAUAGAAAUACAUAAACCCAAGUGAAAUUGCAAUUUUACAGGCCACUAAAAACCAAAUUUACCAAUUACAUUGUCUAAGAGAACACCAAAGGAACUAUUUUUGGAGACAUCUGCUGGAAAGGCUUUAAGCCACCUAAAAACAGGAACCACGGUACUUCUUCAUCUAUUUUACAUCUGAUCCAGGCCGACUUUUGUCUAAUUUAUUGACUGCAGCCGCCGAACAAGCUGGGCGGAAUCGAAUGAACCAGAAAAUCAAUCAGAAAGCAGCUAAACCAACGGAAUGGAAAAAAUGUUAGACCACGCCGUUUGUCGAGCGUUGACGAUUUGACGCUGCGCUGUGUCUGGAAGGAAACGCUACCCGCUUUUCCGGCUCUCGAGGUGCCUCCACGAGGAGUGAGGUGCAACCGCAGAGAAGGUCAGCAAAGAAAGAGCCCAAGGGGUUCCAAGUCACACAACCGAACUAAGCUAAGACGCACAAAAUGAGACACAACCGACUGAAGGUCCUGAUCCUAGGACUCACCCUUCUGCUGACAUCCUGUCGAGCGGACGGACCGCAGCACAGUGCGGAUCACGGCAUGGGCGGAAUGGGCAUGGGCAUGGGUGGCCACGGCCUGGACGCGAGUCCUGCCCCCGGAUACGGCGUGCCAGCCAUACCCAAGGACCCCAAUCUGCGAUGCGAAGAGAUCACUAUACCAAUGUGUCGGGGCAUUGGCUACAACAUGACAUCCUUCCCCAACGAAAUGAACCACGAGACCCAAGAUGAAGCGGGCCUGGAGGUGCACCAGUUCUGGCCUUUGGUGGAGAUCAAGUGCUCCCCGGACCUCAAGUUCUUCCUGUGCAGCAUGUACACGCCCAUCUGCCUGGAGGAUUACCACAAGCCGCUGCCCGUUUGCCGCAGUGUCUGCGAGAGGGCCCGCUCGGGAUGCGCACCCAUCAUGCAGCAGUACAGCUUUGAGUGGCCGGAGAGGAUGGCGUGCGAGCACCUGCCCCUUCAUGGUGACCCUGACAAUCUGUGCAUGGAACAGCCUUCGUACACGGAGGCGGGCAGCGGUGGCAGCUCGGGCGGAUCGGGUGGCUCUGGCAGCGGUUCCGGCUCCGGCGGCAAGCGGAAGCAAGGAGGCAGUGGCUCGGGUGGUAGUGGGGCCGGCGGCAGCAGCGGUUCCACCUCAACGAAGCCAUGCCGUGGACGCAAUUCAAAAAACUGCCAAAAUCCCCAAGGAGAAAAGGCAAGCGGAAAAGAGUGCAGCUGCUCGUGCCGCUCCCCACUCAUCUUCCUGGGGAAGGAGCAGCUGCUGCAGCAGCAGUCGCAGAUGCCCAUGAUGCACCAUCCACACCACUGGUACAUGAACCUCACUGUCCAAAGGAUCGCCGCCGUACCAAACUGCGGCAUUCCGUGCAAGGGGCCCUUCUUCAGCAACGACGAAAAGGACUUCGCCGGCCUCUGGAUCGCCCUGUGGUCGGGACUGUGCUUCUGCAGCACGCUCAUGACCCUAACCACAUUCAUCAUCGACACCGAAAGGUUUAAGUACCCGGAGCGGCCCAUUGUCUUCCUCUCCGCCUGCUACUUCAUGGUGGCCGUCGGCUACCUGUCGCGCAACUUCCUUCAGAACGAGGAGAUCGCCUGCGACGGCCUGCUGCUCCGGGAAAGCUCCACGGGUCCGCACUCUUGUACCCUGGUCUUCUUGCUCACCUACUUUUUUGGCAUGGCCUCCUCCAUCUGGUGGGUGAUCCUCAGCUUCACCUGGUUUCUGGCCGCUGGUCUGAAGUGGGGCAACGAGGCCAUCACCAAGCACUCACAGUACUUCCACCUGGCCGCCUGGCUAAUUCCCACUGUCCAGUCCGUGGCUGUCCUCCUGCUCUCGGCGGUGGAUGGCGAUCCCAUUCUGGGCAUCUGCUAUGUGGGCAACCUCAACCCGGAUCACCUAAAGACCUUCGUGCUUGCCCCGCUCUUCGUUUACCUGGUAAUUGGCACCACCUUCCUGAUGGCCGGAUUCGUGUCCCUCUUCCGCAUCCGUUCGGUUAUCAAGCAACAGGGCGGCGUUGGAGCUGGCGUCAAGGCGGACAAGCUGGAGAAACUGAUGAUCAGGAUUGGCAUCUUCUCGGUGCUCUACACGGUGCCGGCCACCAUUGUUAUUGGAUGCUACCUGUACGAGGCAGCCUACUUCGAGGACUGGAUCAAGGCCCUGGCCUGUCCCUGUGCCCAGGUGAAGGGUCCCGGCAAGAAGCCCCUCUACUCGGUCCUGAUGCUCAAGUACUUCAUGGCCCUGGCCGUGGGCAUCACCUCUGGCGUGUGGAUCUGGUCCGGUAAGACGUUGGAGAGCUGGCGACGCUUCUGGCGGAGGCUCUUAGGAGCGCCGGACCGCACGGGCGCCAACCAGGCGCUGAUCAAGCAGCGUCCUCCGAUCCCGCAUCCCUAUGCCGGAUCUGGAAUGGGCAUGCCCGUGGGCUCGGCGGCGGGCUCCCUGCUGGCCACGCCCUACACCCAGGCGGGAGGAGCCUCGGUGGCCUCCACCAGCCACCACCACCUGCACCACCACGUUCUCAAGCAGCCGGCGGCCAGCCACGUAUGA